AUGUGGAAUAAGUCCAGGAGUAUGAAUACUUUGAAGACUAUGUAUCAGGCUGUAACACAACAUGUGGAAUAAGUCCAGGAGUAUGAAUACUUUGAAGACUAUGUAUCAGGCUGUAACACAACAUGUGGAAUAAGUCCAGGAGUAUGAAUACUUUGAAGACUAUGUAUCAGGCUGUAACACAACAUGUGGAAUAAGUCCAGGAGUAUGAAUACUUUGAAGACUAUGUAUCAGGCUGUAACACGACAACAUGUGGAAUAAGUCCAGGAGUAUGAAUACUUUGAAGACUAUGUAUCUUUGAAAUGACUGAAGAUUAUUAUUUGUUUUUCUCAGUUUCCUGGAUGUUACUCUACGGAAACUCAGUUACUCUCUCACUUCCUGUUUCACACUUCCUGUUUCCCCUCUGUGUAGAACAUGAUCUGAUUGUUUUGAAAACCCAGAAAAGGAGAGCAGAGUUCUUUAAUCAGGAAGGAGGAUCGGCGUCGGCGAUAUCUGAUCUCCAGGUGCCGUCCCUCAGCACCUCCCCCUCCAGUUGGUCCUGGGACCCUGAGGAAGAGAGGAGGAGGCAGGAGAAGUGGCAGGAGGAGCAGGAGCGCCUCCUACAGGAGAAGUACCGUCAGGACCAGGAGAGACUGGAUGCUGAGUGGCAACAGGCCCAGGAGGAGGCAGGGGUGGAGGGAUACAGGCAGGCUGAGGUGAACCCUGAUCCUCUACCGUCCAGAUGCAUCGUGGGAUAUGUAGUCCCUUGUGUCAAAUCAUCCACACCGAACAUGGAGAGCUCAGGAGAGAUGACCAAUGGGAUCGCUAGCCUUGCCAGUCCUCAGCCAGUCUUGAGCCAGCCCAUGCCCUCUGUUGCCCAUGUGGCAUCCAAUCAAAAGGAAGUUGUUUUUGACGAGAGAAGAAGGGAGGAGCCUCGUCCUCAAGAAGGGAGGAACCUGGAAGAGGAGACUGAAGUGGCAGAAGGAGAUAAUUGGUCUGGGGACUCCUAUGGUUUCACCCAGCUAUCUAUAGCUGACAGGAUGAAAUCCAAGUCCUCCCCAUCGUUGGAGGGUUUCCACAGACAGGAGGUGAAAGGCGCUACCAGGGAGGUCGCGAGGAGGAAGCCUCCUCAGAGCAUGUCGUUAGUAGAGGCUGAGAGGCAGCAGAUCCUGGACGAGAUGAGGAAGAGGACGGCUCUGCUGACCGACAACAGCUGGAUACGACAACGCUCAACCUCUGACAACAAACAACCAACCAACCGGAGAGGGCCUCUGAGGAGGUACGACUCUCUGGACAACCUUCCCUCUUCCACCACCCUGCUCUCUAACCCCCAAUGCCCCCACUCCUCCCUGGGUUUCUCCGCCCCGUACCGCCCCCCCUCCUCCCGGCACAGCAUGGGUGUGGCCCUGGGGGUCACUCCAACGGGACCCAGAAGCACAGCCCUACCUGGCCCCGCCCCUUCAGCACAUCUUCCCCCGCCCAACACCGGAGAGGAACCCGCCACCGGCGAAUCACGACCAGUCUCACAGCAGCACCACCGAGUGCUGACUUCUCGUCAGGUGUGUUCAGUGUGUGUGUGUCCUAUGGGCAGAGGGGCUGCCAUGGUCAUUGAGACCCUGAACCUCUGCUUCCAUCUGGCCUGUUUUCAGUGUGUGGACUGCAGGUGCCGACUUGGAGGGUCAGAGGUCAGAGCCCAGAUCAGAAUCAGCAACGGGAAGCCUUACUGUGACCCCUGCUACAUCCGACUCAAGUCCCACCUUGCCACCUCCCUGUGACCAGAAUGCAUUGCAGCAGAUUGAGGAAGAGACGACGACGAGGGGCGACAUCAACCUCAAACAUGACGGUGGAGAUCUUGACUAUGACCUCGUGUUGACCACGUAUUUAGAGCUGGUUGACCUUUCUUUUAGGGAACAAUGUACCGAUUUAUACUAUUGGCUUGUGACUCAAAUGGCUUGCUGUUCCCUACAUAGUGCACUACUACCCAUAGGGCUCUGGUCAAAAGUAGUGCAUUAUGUAGGGAAUAGGGGGCAGUUUGGGACAUGUCUCAAAGAUUCAGUUUUGGUGUUCUUCCUAGAUAAUUAACUACUAUACAUGUCCACAUACCCUAUGUCUCUGACUAAGAUGCAGUUUUGUUGUUCUUCCUAGAUAAUUAACUACUAUACAUGUCCACAUACCUUAUGUCUCUGACUAAGAUGCAGUUUUGGUGUUCUUCCUAGAUAAUUAACUACUGUACAUGUCCACAUACCUUAUGUCUCUGACUAAGAUGUAGUUUUGGUGUUCUUCCUAGAUAAUUAACUACUGUACAUGUCCACAUACCUUAUGUCUCUGACUAAGAUGUAGUUUUGGCGUUCUUCCUAGUUAAUUAACUACUCUACUUGUCCGUAGCUUUUAAUAUGCAAUCGAUGGCUAUCCACAACAAUAGCUGGACACGUGUAGUUAAGAGCUAUAAGGGAGUUUUAAAUCACAGUUGUACUUGGGAUUUGUUUUUUUCUUGUUGAUGAAGUAAAUUGAUAAAUGAGGCUCUAUUAAAUGAAUCUAAUAAAUGUGAGUGUUGUAUUGGA